CUACUCUAUAUUCCAUCUAUAAUUCAAGAUAAUUAAGCUUAUAUACUAACUAUUUAUAUUAUACUAUUCAAACGAUUCAAGUGAAGACUCUGAUUCUGGCGUGAAAAUUUCAUUUCUGAUCAGUUCUCGCGCUUCUCUGCAGAAUUUCUGUUCUUUGCUUGGAUCUUUGAUGGAUUCCAGGACCCGGGAUUGCCGUGUCUUGGUAUCUAGACAUGUUCAAGAAGGAGUGUCAGGAGGGGGUAAUCGCGAUUGUCACUGGAAAUCUUGAACGGAGUCAAGCCUUCAUCAUUUUUCGCGAGGAUGUCGGCUCCGUUCUCAAUGAGAUGCAGGAACAUGUGCAUGCGGGGGUACGCGUCAAUAUCACUCUUCCCUCGGCUAGCCUUGCAGGCAAGGAUAAGGGGGCCUUUAUCCACAAGUUUUUAGAUAACCUUUAUAUUGCUGUCAAGCUAAAGAAGAAUAUGUUCUCAUCAGGGGUUAGCAACCCGUAUGCCGUGCAGGCGCAGUUGGUUAAGCAUGCACAGAGAAGAUUGGAAUCGAAGGUUGGAAGGAAGUAUAAGGAGGUUGUGAUCAAGUGUUUGACGGGUGAUUUUGGAGUUGCGGAUGAUACGAGGGAGGAUUUGAAGCUUCAGCAGGCUUUUAGACACCAGGUUGUUGAUGUUAUUGAAAUGGCUGCUAGCAAUGUUUAG